AUCGACACAGGAGUGAAUAGUUUAGUCAAGUGCAUUGAAUGGUAUUGUUAAUGAUCUUGCAGCCAGUGUCGGUCCAAUGACAUUCGAAGAGUUUUGUGGCGGUCCCUUUUGGGACGAUGAACUUACGUGGCGAGAGGAGGAUCCCGAUUUGACAUUCUGCUUCCAGCGUAUCAUACUACAAUGGACACCAUGCUUCUUUCUGUUCGUCUUCUCCAUCUACGAGGUGCUUCGUAUCGUGACCAGCCGGUAUCGAGACAUACCGUGGAAUUGGUUCAACAUCACGAAGAUGAUCUUCACCUUCGCCCUGAUGGUGAUGUCAUGGGUAGAUCUUGGCGUGGUCGUACAGAACCUGGACGAGCCGGAAGUGUUUGAUGUGCAGAUACUGGUGGCGAUAUUCAAUGCUCUUGCAUACAUCAUGGCAAUGGCACUGUACUUCUUCUACCGUAAGUACGGUAUUCGUAGUACCGGCACGAUGUUUAUCUUCUGGUUCCUGAAGGCAUUCUUCGGGAUCAUUCAAAUGCGUACGGAAGCUAUGCUGCACGAUGUUCGCGGAUCCGGUACGGGAGAUUUUGCCGAGUUCCAGUUCGUCAGCUACACGAUCCAAUACACCUUCACGUGCUGUGUACUACUGUUGGAGCUUUUCCCCGACAAAGAACCACGGUACAGCGAAUGGGCCAAGCUAAAGAAUCCCAACCCGGAGCUGAGCACCAGCUUCUUCUCUCGACUGUUCUAUUUGUACUUCGAUUCUUACGCAUGGCGUGGAUUCCGCAAACCGCUCACCGACGACGACAUGUACGAUCUGAAUCCUGAGGAUACAUCCCGCGCACUGGUACCUCCCUUCGAUAAGUACUGGUUCGAGAGUGUGGAGAAGGGUCGUCGCAAGCAGAUGGCAGCCGAUAAGAAGGCGGGCAAAACGAACCUUGUGUACAAACCGAAUGCAGCUACGAAUGGAUCGGUGUUGCCAGCGAUGGUGAAAGCUUACGGUGGCCCGUUCUGGUUUGCGGGUAUGUUGCAGUUUGCCAUUUCCGGUCUACAGUUCGCAUCACCCUACCUGAUGCAGGAAAUUAUGGCUGUUAUUGCGUUGGAUGGUCCAUUCUGGAAGGGUAUGAUUAUUACGCUGGGACUGUUCCUUACUUCGCUGCUGAUUGCUCUAUUCAACGGCCAGUACUUUCACCGAACGUUCCUCGUUGGGUUCCGUAUUCGAACGGGGUUGAUCAGUGCCAUCUACAGGAAGGCGUUACGUAUUUCUAGCUUCGCAAAGAAAGACACCACCGUGGGAGAAAUUGUGAACCUGAUGGCCGUCGACGCUCAGCGAUUCUUUGAGUUGACGUCCUAUCUGCACGUCCUGUGGUCAGCUCCACUGAUUAUUGCACUUUGCAUUUAUCUACUGUACGAGCUGCUUGGACCGGCUGUGUUUGCUGGUUUGGGCGUGAUGGUGAUUAUGAUCCCGAUCACCGGCUUCAUUGCUACCCGUAUGCGUGAUCUGCAGGUGGAGCAGAUGGAAAUUAAGGACGAACGUGUGAAAAAGAUGAACGAAAUCCUCGGCGGUAUCAAGGUGUUGAAGUUGUACGCGUGGGAACCAAGCUUCCAGGACACAGUUGUGACAGUGCGCAACCAAGAGCUGGACGUGUUGAAGCAUGCCGCAUACUACGGAGCGGGAACUUACUUCGUCUGGACGAUGGCUCCAUUCCUGGUAACGCUCGCCUCGUUCGCAGUGUUCGUUAUGGUCGACGAAGAAAACAUCCUAGAUCCGCAGACGGCGUUUGUGGCGUUGGCCUUGUUCAACAUUCUUCGCUUUCCGUUGGCCAUGUUCCCGAUGAUGAUCACGUUCGCUAUGCAAGCCUGGGUAUCGAUCAAGCGUAUCGACAAGUUUAUGAACAGUGAAGAGCUUGAUCCGAACAACGUAACGCACAACAAGAGUGAAAAUGCGUUAGAGUUGAAAGAUGGAACAUUUUCUUGGGGAGACGAUGCACCAACGCUGAAGAACAUAAACUUGGCACUUCGUAGAGGCAAGCUGUCGGCUGUCGUUGGAGGUGUUGGUACUGGUAAAAGUUCGUUGAUUUCCGCUCUGCUGGGUGAGAUGGAAAAGAUGAAGGGAUCGGUCAAUACGGACGGUUCGAUCGCGUAUGUCCCACAACAAGCCUGGAUUCAGAAUGCGACGCUACGUGAUAACAUUCUCUUCGGAAGACCGUUCGACCAGGCAAAGUACGAUAAAGUGAUCGAAUGUUGUGCCUUAAAGCCUGAUCUGGAGAUGCUUCCGGGUGGAGAUACGACCGAGAUUGGUGAGAAGGGUAUCAACCUUUCGGGAGGACAGAAACAGCGUGUUGCAUUGGCGCGUGCAGUGUAUGCCGACUCUGAGAUCUACCUGUUCGAUGAUCCACUGAGCGCUGUGGAUGCUCACGUAGGAAAACACAUAUUUGAGCAGGUGAUUGGACCAUCGGGAAUGCUUGUGGGCAAGUCACGCCUGCUAGUCACUCACGGCAUCUCGUUCCUUCCGUUUGUGGAAGAAAUUUUCGUUAUGAAGGAUGGAGAGAUCUCGGAGAGCGGAUCAUAUCAAGAACUGCUGGACCAGAAAGGUGCAUUCGCCGAGUUCCUCACGCAACACAUUCAAGAGAUGGACGAUGAGGAUGAAGACGAGCUGAAAUUGAUUCAGGAAGCACUUAAAGACGGCGAGGCUAAGAAGAUCGUGCAGCGCGCUAUGUCGACACGAUCCCAACGAUCGGGUAGCAGCAAUGGCAGUGUUCGUAAGAAGCGUGUUAGCCGAGCUGAAUCGCGCAACAGCAACAAACCAAAGGGAGUUGAACCAGUCGCACAGCAAUUGUCUGCCGCCACCUUGAUCGAGAAGGAAGAAUCAGCGACGGGAGCCGUCGGUUACAUGGUGUACGUGAAAUACUUCAAAGGAAUUGGACUAUGGCUUGGAUUCUGGUCUAUAUUCUUCAGCGUGAUCAAUCAGGGCGCCUCUAUCUACGCUAACAUUUGGCUAACCGAUUGGUCUGAGGACCCGGAAGCGGCAACGGAUAACUCGGUUCGAGAUAUGUAUCUCGGCGUAUACGGUGGCUUGGGAGGAGCACAAUCCAUUGCUCUUCUGAUCGCCUCCAUUACACUCGCCCUGGGUUGUGUGCGUGCGGCUCGCGAACUUCACAAUAAUCUGCUCGAAAGCUCAAUGCGAAUGCCAAUGUCUUUCUUCGACACGACACCCCUGGGCCGUAUCAUGAAUCGCUUCUCGAAGGAUGUGGACGUGGUUGACAACAUCUUGCCACAAUCCAUUCGUGCUUGGUUGCUCAUGUUCUUCAACGUGGUCGGUGUGUUUGUCGUGAUCGGUAUCUCAACGCCCGUUUUCUUGGCGGUCGUACCGGCAUUCCUUGUGAUAUACUAUCUGAUUCAGAAGUUCUACAUUGCUACCUCGCGACAGCUGAAACGUCUCGAAUCCGUUACACGCAGUCCGAUCUACUCACACUUUGGAGAAAGUAUCACCGGUCAGAGCACAAUCCGUGCGUACGGACAGCAGGAUCGAUUCAUGAACGAAUCAGAACAGCGCGUGGACUACAAUCAGCUAACGUCUUACCCGAGUAUCAUUGCUAACCGAUGGCUUGCGGUACGACUUGAGCUGGUCGGAGCACUGGUCGUUUUCUUUGCCGCAUUGUUCGCUAUGGUUGCCCGCGAUGACAUCGGUCAGGCAACGGUAGGACUUUCGAUCAGUUAUGCCCUGCAGAUAUCAGCCACACUCAGUUUCCUCGUGCGUAUGACGGCUGAAGUUGAGACGAACAUUGUCGCUAUUGAACGCUUGGAGGAGUACACAGUGCUACCGCGGGAAGCUGAGUGGCAGAAGGGUACAGUGGACAAGACAUGGCCUGCAGAAGGAAAGGUCGAGUUCAAGGACUACCAGAUCCGUUACCGCGAGGGUUUGGACUUGGUCAUUCGAGGUAUCUCGCUCAAUGUACGAGGAGGAGAAAAGAUUGGUAUCGUUGGACGAACUGGAGCAGGAAAGUCCAGCUUAACACUUGGUCUCUUCAGAAUUGUCGAAGCGGCCGGUGGACAAAUCAUCAUCGACGGACACGAUAUCUCUCAAAUGGGACUACACCAGUUGCGUGGUCGGUUGACUAUCAUUCCUCAGGAUCCAGUCCUGUUCUCAGGUACGCUUCGGGCAAACGUGGAUCCCUUCAAAAGUUACAGUGACGAUCAGGUGUGGAAAGCACUCGAACUAUCCCAUCUGAAGACAUUUGUGAAGGGAUUGGCAGCUGGACUGGACCAUGAGAUCGCUGAGAACGGCGAGAACCUCUCGGUAGGUCAAAGACAGCUGAUCUGUUUGGCGCGUGCUGUGCUACGAAAGACGAAGGUGUUGAUCUUGGAUGAGGCUACGGCGGCCGUAGAUCUGGAGACGGAUGACUUGAUUCAGAAAACAAUCCGUACGGAGUUCGCCGACUGCACGAUUCUCACCAUCGCUCAUCGACUGAACACGAUCCUCGACUCGGACCGUGUACUGGUGCUCGACAAGGGUUUGGUAGCCGAGUGUGACUCACCCCAGAACCUGCUAGCGAACAGAGACUCCAUAUUCUUUGGCAUGGCAAAGAACGCUGGUAUUGUAAGCUAGAAUCACUGCCAACCCACAUCGAUGCCUGGUGAAUCUCGAAUCGAUAUCGACUCGUCUCGAAAAAGACUUGCAUAAAUCUGGUCAGAGAAUGUCGAAAGAUACUACAGCUUCGUCAAAUGACAGAACAGGGAAGCGAUC